AUGUCAUGGCAGACUCGUCCCCCUCAGAAUAACUCUCAUACUAAAAAGCGCCGGGCAGACAAGCCACUCGACACACCCCGUCCUAAGAGAGCCUUCCUUGGCUUCAAUCUUCCUAGCUUUCCAAGCAUAUUCUCCUCGCAACCCUCCCCCAGCGACGUCGUGGCUGAGGCCGAAAUACAGGAGGAAUCCGAGGCGAGUGACCCACCGGCUCCUCCUCCACUUACCCGCGAAGAGAGACAACGGAAAAUAGCAGCAUACGUCGAUGCACAAUUCGAUGCCGAGGCAGAGAGAGUAGCUGAUGCGACGCUGAAAGACCCUAACCGCAAGUUGAAUUGGCAACCUGAUAUCAAGCCAACGGACGAAGAGUGGAAAACAAAGCGGGUUUACUUCCAUGAAGCAUUAACUAAAGCAUCCAUUAAGGACGUGCUUCAAAAGGAUUUUGAAGAAGCUCAAGAGCUACUGCUCCAGCCAUCGCGUCGAGCUGGCUCAACCCAGAAGAUCCAAACCGAGCACACCGAGAUAUAUAAAGAAGCCCUAGGCCCACAAGGAGCUUUUCACGGAACCAAGAAUAACCUGGCAACUAAGUUGACGAUGCUGCAUUUCGGAUUGCCAGUUGAACCUAUGGGAGCACAGAAUAUGCUCAAUGCCGGCUUAGAUCUCGACGCCGAUGACCCUGAAGAGGAGCCCGAGGGGAGACCUAGGGUUCAGAGGAUCUUCUAUGCAGCCAAACCGCUGCAGUUCCUGGAUGAUUAUCAUGAGAGAAGUCAUGGUUUCCCAAUGCUCCGUAGGCCAAAGGCCAAGGAGAAUCCAAUGACGCAGCAACUACCAAGCUUCCCAUUGGGAACUGCUAGCGGGAGUGGUGACAUUCCCAAAACUCGUCCCAUAUACCCCGGAGCCACGACUGUGGGCAUGCGAGGCGGAGCAGGCCCAGUCCAAAACAUUUACCUCUACGGCCCCAAUAAGGGAAGAGUGACAUGUGCCAGCACUAUCGACAGUCACGAACCCCACGAGUUUGUAUGUCGUGCAUUGGGGUUGCUAAACCUAGAUCCAAGCAGCGAAUGGGAGUUUGAAGUUGACCAGUACGACGAUCAAGACUCGUUGAAGACCGAAAAGUACAAGCCCUUGGUGCAGAGUUUUAUGAUUAACAAGUUUACCAACCAGGAUCAAUGGACCAAACACCUAAGAAGACUUGUCUGCGAACCCAAUGGGGACUGGGCUAUGGUAGUAGAUCAUCCACGCCCACUCGGGGUGGUGGCCCCUAAGACAUUUGAGCCUCCAGAGCAUGACUUUAUACCGCCACCUUCUCCAACCACACAGGGCCAGGUACCAGAUUUAUCAAGAAGACUGUCCUCUGUUGGGAGGAAAACAUCACUACCCGCCGCUAGAGGAUGGCCACCGCUAUCGAGAUCUAUUGGAAACCCUCCUUCGGGUGCUGGAUCCACGAAGGCUACUUGGAGCCCUCAUGUAAGUUCAUUAGGGUUCGGCCAAGCAGCCCAACCACGAAUUAACGAGGAAAAGCUUCUGGCUGCGAGAGCGGCGUCCGCCAAAAUCCCGAAGUUCGACCCUUGGAUGGCAGAACAGAGUCGACUUGAUCGUCUCAAGCGGGAAUCGUGGUACAAAGAUCACUCAGUCGUUGAGCCAGGUCAAAAGCCAGAGCCACCCCUCUUUAGCGCAAGCAGAGAGCUUGCCUUUACUGUAGGUGAUGCUAUGCCUACGAUAUAUUCCCAACGAUUGACGCCAACGGAUCUCGGUCAGCUCCUGGAGGAAAACCAAUCGCUGCGAAACAAGGUGCUUGAUCGAAUGGAUAACUGCCCCAUGUGCGAUGUUACCUUCCCCAACUAUGAAACUAAUCAAAUUACGGCACACUUCAAGAUGCACGCAGAUCAGAUUGCAUCAGCUGGAGUGUGCCCAGAAUGCGAGAGUGAGCAAUGGACUUUCAUGAACACGGAGCAGAGAAGAGACCAUUUAGCUUCCCACCGUGAUCAAAACGAGUCCGACAUGAUCAGCAACUUCUGGAAUAAAUUCGACUGCCCUGUUUGCGACAUGCCACUUGGUCGCCACCCAAACACACAACAUCCACAAGACAUCCUAGAUCAUGUAGCCGGACACACCCCCGGAGCUAUCCAGUUUUGCGACAGAUGCGGGAUUGAUAUCAAACAAUUCACACCGAUAGAGCACCUCCAUCACAAGAACAUAUGCAUCGACGGUCCAAAGAAGGACUUGGGAGACCCGGAUCCCCUAUUUUGUGAUGCUUGCGGUAAAGAUAGGACGGAUGAACAAGAAGAAGGGCUCAUGGAGCACCGAAGGUAUUGUCAUCGAGGACCGGGAAAAUUUUGCAACCUAUGCGGACUCAACCUGAGUUCGGCGUCUGGCUUCCUAGCUGUACACCAUAAAAAUCGAUGCAGGCCACCGAGGGGGUUUCGCAAGAAGUUCUGCCGGAGAUGUGGAGCUAAUCUUCCGGCACUCGAUGAAAAUGGGAGGCUUGCCCAUAGAGAGGCGUGUCACUUCAUUGAGCCGAGACCUGGUGCACAAGAUGGGAGAACCACAGGAUUGCGGGGAGAGAUUCCAAUUCCUGCAGCCGCGACAGACAUAGACGCGGAUGUUAAAAGACAGUCCAAACAUGUUAUGGACCGAGCAACAGAAUUGGACCAAAGAGAGACACGCAUAAAAGCUAGAGAAGCGGCUAUAAAUAAAUCUCAACAGCAAGCUUUCGGAUCCGGCCGAGAGUUUUCAGUAGCCCAACUGGAAAGUCAAAACACUCUACAGGACCCUCUGGAUACUCCCGUGCACCCACUGCAACACGAGGAGACUUUUCCAUGGGCCUCGGACAGCCAACAGGAAUCCGCCGAUGAAGGGGCUAGCGACUUCGACGUUUUUGGGAAAUUCACGGGUGGUAUGAAUGAAAGUAUCACCUCCAAGGCACCGGCCGAAGCGGGCAUUUCGGAUAAUAACGCUAGGAGCACCGGGAACGAGCAGUCCUUAGAAAGGAAGCGGAAGCGCACCAGCAAAGGCAAGACUUUUGACCCCCUCUACCGCUAUGAAGAGGAUUCCGAUGAAGACGACGAGGCGGAUCUCGAGCAUGUGGAACCGGAAUAUGUAGAGGACUUGCUGUCACAGGAGAAGAAGAAGAAGAAGAAGCGUGUGGUUGGGGUUCAGAAGGACCCGCCAUAUAGAUAUUCUCCGGAGGACGAGGUCGACGAGGAGAUUGAGAGGGGGGCGAUGCAGAUUAGUCAGGAGGUUGCCGACGAAGAGAAGGCUCAGAAGCAGACUAAGAAAAAAUCUCCUGCCAUUAAGCCUACUCCUACAGCUGGUGGGAGGGCGCUAAGGGGUAGAACUUCUUCUUCAACGCCAGCCCCAAGCCCGCCGACAAAGACUGUGGCUGGAAAGGGCCGCAAGAUGAACCCUGACAAGCCGUGA